AUGGCCUCCUUUGAAGACUAUGAUGAGUUCGGUAACUACAUCGGUGCUGACCUCGAGUCAGAGGAGGAGGAGGAAUUGCAGCAGAAUGAGUUCAUUCAGCAGCCGCAAGUCCAGCCGCUGGAGGGAUUUGAAGAGGAGCCUAUGCAGGUCGAAGAAGAGACAGCGUUGAUGGAAGUUGAUGAACAAAUGCACAAUGCCGUGGUACUGCAUGAGGACAAGCAGUACUAUCCUUCGGCGGAGGAGGUGUAUGGUGCCGAGGUAGAAACGCUAGUGCAGGAAGAGGACGCACAGCCAUUAUCUGAGCCGAUCAUUGCUCCAGUAAAAGUGCGAAAAUGGACGGUGGAAGAGAAGGAUAUGCCGGAGACUCGGUUCGACAAAGGAUUCAUGCUGAACAUGACCGGCUUUCCCGAGUUCGUGCGGAAUGUUGCCGUGGUUGGACAUUUGCACCACGGAAAGACGGCGUUGAUGGAUAUGCUGACCUUUGAGACUCAUAAAAUGAUGUGGGAUUCCGAUCAUCAGACACGGUACACUGACACACAUGUACUUGCACGAGAACGUGGUAUUUCGAUCAAGUCCUCACCCAUGUCCCUGAUACUGUCCACAAGCUUCGGCAAAUCACACUUGAUUCAUCUGGUAGACACGCCAGGCCAUGUCAACUUCAUGGAUGAGGUUGCCUCGGCAGUUCGUCUGGUGGACGGUGUCGUCCUUGUGGUCGACGUCGUUGAGGGGGUGAUGGUGAACACAGAGCACAUUAUUCGUCACUGUUUGCAAGAAAACGUGAAGAUAACGCUGGUGGUGAACAAGAUCGACAGGCUAGUGUUGGAGCUGCGCAUCAAGCCUGCUGAUGCUUAUUACAAGAUCAAGCAUACCAUUGAGGAGGUCAACACGUUCAUUAGUGGCAUCAACCCUGAUCCAGCGCUUCGGCUCAGUCCAGAAAAUGGCAAUGUCGCUUUCGCGAGCACAGAUAUGCACUGGUGCUUUACCCUCAGAUCGUUCGCUCAGAUGUACGCUGACACAUAUGGGCCUCUGGACGUCGCUACAUUCGCGGACCGACUCUGGGGCAACAUUUACUUCAACUCUGAGACGCGUAAGUUCACCCGGAAGCCUGCCGACCCGGAAGCAAACCGCUCGUUCGUCCACUUUAUCCUCGAACCGCUCUACAAGCUCUAUACCCAGGUCCUGAGCGAAGAGACGGACGGCCUCAAGGAGACUCUCGACAGCCUCCAUAUCCAGCUGGCGCCGGUGAUGUACAAGAUGGAUGUGAGACCGCUUCUGAAGGCGGCGCUAGCCCAGUUCUUCGGGCCUUCGGUCGGCUUGAUAGACAUGAUCGUCGAACACAUUCCAUCCCCUGUGGAAGCCACAGCGGACAAGGUUGAACGGACUUAUAUGGGCCCAAUGUCCUCAGAAAUAGUUUCGCAUAUGAAGACAUGCAAUCCUGAUGGACCUGUGAUGGUGCAGAUCACCAAGCUCUACCACACAACGGACGCACAAUCGUUCCGUGCGUUUGGGCGCGUCAUUAGCGGAACGGUUAGGAAAGGUAUGGAUGUGAAGGUACUUGGCGAAGGCUACUCGCCGGAAGACGAGGAGGACAUGGUGAAGGCUACGGUGGAGGACAUCUGGAUAAGCGAAGCGAGGUACUUUGUGCCUGCGGAGGAGGUUCCUGCGGGUAAUCUCGUGUUGCUUGGUGGCGUGGAUGCAUCUAUCACAAAGACAGCGACUCUCGCAUCCGCCGACGUUGAAGAUGACUUGUACAUCUUCCGGCCGAUUAAACACAUGACGCAGUCGGUGCUGAAGAUCGCCAUCGAGCCCAUAGCGCCAUCAGAGUUGCCGAAGAUGCUUUCAGGUUUGCGAAGCAUCAACAAGUCGUACCCGCUCGUGUCGACGAAGGUUGAGGAGAGUGGCGAGCAUGUGGUCAGUGGAACCGGGGAGCUCUAUCUUGACUGCGUCAUGCAUGACCUGCGGCGGCUAUUUUCUGAGAUCGAGAUCAAGGUUUCAGACCCUGUUACGAAGUUCUGCGAGACGGUGUUGGAGACGAGUGCGUUGAAGUGCUACGCAGAUACCCCGAACAAAAAGAACCGGAUUACGAUGAUUGCGGAACCCUUAGAACGAGGUAUUGCAGAGGACAUUGAAACUGGACGAGUGACGAUGCGGAUGUCUGCGAAGGAGCGGGGCAAGUUCUUCGAGGAGAAGUACCAGUGGGAUUUGCUUGCUUCUCGGUCGAUAUGGGCCUUUGGUCCUGAUGAUAGUGGUCCAAACAUUUUGCUGGAUGAUACACUGCCAUCGCAGAUCGACAAAAAACUCCUUGGGACCGUCAAGGAGCAUAUCAAGCAAGGGUUUCAGUGGGGUGCUCGAGAAGGCCCGCUUUGUGAUGAACCCAUGCGCAACGUGAAAUUCCGCAUUCUGGAUGCAAGCCUUGCUCAGGAGCCAAUCUUCCGUGGGGGAGGGCAAAUUGUUCCUACAGCGCGUCGUGUCUGCUAUUCUUCUUUCUUGAUGGCCACACCGCGGUUGAUGGAGCCAGUUUAUUUCGUCGAAGUACAAGCGCCGGCGGAUUGCAUUUCUGCGGUCUACACAGUCCUUGCUCGCCGGCGUGGCCAUGUCACGCAAGACAUUCCGAAGGCCGGAUCACCAUUGUACACGGUCAAAGCUCUCAUCCCCGUCAUUGAUGCGAAUGGCUUUGAGACGGACCUGCGGGCGGCCACACAGGGUCAGGCAUUCUGCUUGCAGGUCUUCGACCACUGGUCGAUUGUGCCAGGUGAUCCUGCGGACACGAGCAUCAAGUUGCGGCCUCUAGAACCCGCUUCCGGGCAAGCGCUUGCGAGGGAUUUGGUCUUGAAAACACGGCGACGGAAAGGUCUCGGAGAUCAGAUUGCUGUCUCAAAAUACCUCGACGACGAGUUCAUUGUGCCGCUAUCUCUGCUCGCCCUCGCUGCGACCGUUGCUCUGGCACAGGAAGAAUCCAAGCCUCCCACCGAGAUCAAGGCGCCAUUCAUCGAGCAGUUCACGGAAGACUGGUCUGAACGGUGGACCCCGUCAGAGGCCACUAAGAAGACCCCCGUUGGCGGCACGACAUUCAGCUAUGUCGGCAAAUGGGAGGUCGAGGAGCCUACUAUUUCUGUGAUUGAAGGGGCCAAGGGUCUUGUAGCGAAGACCAAGGCUGCGCACCAUGCCAUCUCCGCACCCUUCGCUGAAGCUAUCGACUUCAGCGACAAGCCGCUUGUCGUACAGUACGAAGUGAAGUACCAGAAGGGCGGUAAUUGUGGCGGUGGUUACAUCAAGCUGCUGGAGGACGGCUUCCAGACGGCGGGUCAGGAGUUCGACGACAAGACACCGUGGACGAUCAUGUUUGGUCCUGACUUGACAUGCCCGGGGACGAAGAUUCAUUUCAUCUUCCGCUAUAAGAACCCGGUUACUGGCGAGUACGAGGAGCACGCUUUGAAGACUCCCCCAAAGCCUUCAAUCGAGAAGCUCACGAACCUCUACACGCUCAUUCUCUACCCCAACUCCACGUACGAUGUCCAGUUCAAUGGCGAGAGCAAGUCUUCGGGUAAUCUGCUGGAUGACUUCAACCCUCCUGUCAACCCGCCUAAGGAGAUCGACGAUCCUGAGGACACCAAGCCUGAGGACUGGGUUGACACGAAGAGGAUUCCGGACCCCGAUGCGACCAAGCCUGCUGACUGGGAUGAGGACGCGCCUUACGAAAUUCCUGACGAGGACGCUGAGAAGCCUGAGGGAUGGCUCGACGACGAGCCAGAGAUGAUCCCUGAUCCUGACGCCGAAAAGCCUGAGGAGUGGGACGAUGAGGAAGACGGCGACUGGAUUGCACCCGUGGUACGCAACCCCAAGUGCGACGAAGCUCCUGGCUGCGGCGAAUGGAAACGCCCCAUGAAGGCCAACCCUGACUACAAGGGCAAGUGGUACGCUCCCAUGAUCGACAAUUCGGCAUACAUUGGCGAGUGGCACCCGCGUCAGAUCCCCAACCCCGACUUCUUCGAGGACCUCAACCCUGUCCAGAACCUCAAGAAGAUCGGCGGCAUUGGUAUCGAGCUGUGGACCAUGACUGAGGAUAUCCUCUUCGACAAUAUUUACAUCGGACACUCGGUCGAGGACGCCCAGGCCUUCAAGGCGGAGACAUUCGAUAUCAAGAAGCCGCUCGAAGUCGAGCAGUCGAAGGUCAAGAAGAACGUCAAGGAUGAGGACGAGGACGAGGCACUCAGCUUCAUCGAGGAGCCGGUGGAGUUCAUCCGCCAGAAGGCGUUCAAGUUCAUCGACCUCGCCAAGGUCGAUCCUGUCGCAGCAUUCAAGACGCAGCCUGAGGUCGGCGCUGUGAUGGUGCUUUCCGUUAUCACCUUCUUCGGUAUGCUUGGCGCAAUGUUCGGCCUCGUUGGUGCGUCGCAACAACCCGUGACCAAGUCAUCGAAGAAGACCGAUGCUCCCACGCCCGAUGACAAGCAGAAAACUGAGGCUGUUCCUGUUGCCGCUGCUGGCGGUGAGAAGAAGGAAACCCCGGUGAAGAAGCGGAAGUAA